GGCGUGUGCUGUGUAAACUGAGGUGGAGUGCGACAAGCAUAUAUAUGCGUACAAAUCCAUAUAUAUGCGUACAAAUCCAUUAUCGCACAUGCUUGUGGUUUUUAAAGAUUUCGUUUGUACACCGUUAGUUCUUCGGAAAUAGCCUGGCAUGCGAGCAGACGUCCUUAGAAUGGUAGUUGGUGUUGAGGAUAUGAAAGCGUACACACAGAUGAAGCAGAUAGUUUCAGAUACUUGCAUACUCAAUAGCGGCGGGCACGAGAUACGAAAACAUAUGUUUUCCAACCACAUAUGAUGUUAGAAAACGGAGGGAUUGCGAUAAAGAUUGAGUCAUUCACUUUAGUAUAAUUCUUCGCAAAUACACAACUCUGUGUGACUAUUUGAAGGGACGCAGACAUAUCCGCCAAAAAAUACGACUGUGCAUACUGUAGUUGCAAUAGUGUAUAAUUAAAGGGGGUUUGGCAUUUCAGAGCAGUGGAGUGACCACAUACCAAGUGCAGAUUAUCAUAUUCCAAGAGAUCAAAGCGGUUUAUGCAUAUUACAGUGCCAUUGUACAGCCGAUGUCACGGUCGGGAAAUACUUAUGUGAUAUUAAGCCCCUAAACGUAUCAGGACCUAGGAAAACCAUAGGGACAGUCUUGUGACAAAAUAUUAUUAUAAUACACACCUAUACACAUCUAUACAAAGACACGUACUUUUUAAACAACUCGAAUAUUUCAAGUGUACAAUAAUGUACAGCCGGGGCAGGAAAGCCGUGACAUACGCAGUAGCCAGAUACUUCUUGGCAUCCUGGCUGCUGACCUACGCGAAUCAGUACUUCUUUGGCGAUGAACACGAUCUGGAUAGCUUUGCACUGUUCAUGACAUGGUUUCAGUGUGCGGCUAGCAUGAGUGUCUUCUACUUCGCCCCCUUUCUUAACAUGGGGCCUGCCUUCAAACUGGACCCGACCGUAUCGCGUGAGAUACUACCGCUGUCGACCGUCUUCAUAUUCAUGCUGCUGACAAAUGUCUAUGCCAUCCACCAUGGCGAGGAUACCUUCUAUCCCGUCGCACGGUCUUUGACGGUGAUUCUGACGGUGUUUCUGUCGUACGCCACCCUCGGCCAUGUGACAUCGGCUGUGAGAAUGGUUAGCGUUGGCAUCAUGGUGUGGGGUUAUCUGCUGGCAGAUACACAGGAGGUUUUGCUCACAAUGAAUGGUUCCCUGAGCGGUAUCACCACAGCCGCAUUUGUGUCCGUUUACGCAAUACUUGUCAGCCAGAAGCUUCCCAGUGCGGGAAAUUCCAGCUGGCGAUUGAUGCAACACAACUUCGUCAACACAACAAUAGGCUUAAUACCCAUUCUGCUGCUCAGCGGGCAGUUCACGGGCUUGUUCCAUGUACCUCAGGCCUUCACACUGAGCUUCUGGAUUCGUCUUUGUCUCAACGGCUUCUUGGGCGGUGUGGUAUCAAUCUGCAUGGCCGAUCUGCUGCAAGUAACCUCUCCCCUCACUUUCGCAGUGAGUAACAUGGCAAAGUUCGGUACUCAAGUGCUGCUUAUGCACGUACUUUUGGGUCAAGAGAUGAUCUUCCUCGACUGGGUGUCGAUCUUGUUUAUAGUCGGUGGCGUUAUACUUUACAUGCUGGAUCGUGGUGUGGAUACAGCCACCACAAGCACGCCUCAUACGCAUGAGAGUGAAGUGGGUGCUCCGCUACUGAACCGGCCGUAA